AUGGCGCCAGCCCUUCGGUCAAUGCGGCCAGCUCGUCAACACCAAGCACAGCGCCCCGUUCGCUCAACGCGUGGGGCAGUGGUCAGUUAUAGAGAAAUCUCAGACUCGGAUCCCUCGGAAGUUGAAGUCUCUGUACCUGAGGAUGAUGAUAAUGACGAUGAUCGCGAAAGACAGAUUCAAGCCCUUGUGCGCAUCAUCGCGAGAGAGGCAAGGCUGGAACAUCCCAACAUUCGUCCCUUGCCCAGGAUAAAACGUUCGCUCAACUCUACAGUUCCCACCAAGCCGGCAAAAAAGUUCAAAUUGGAACCAGAAGGCGUUAAGCCGCCAUGGCACACCCUUCCUUACCAUGUCCUCUUCACUGGGAAACUGAAGGGCUUGCUGGAUCUGUUAAAGAUGGACCCGGAUUCCAUGUCUAUCAACUAUAGGGACAAAGUGAAACAUCUUGAGGUGGACAUCUACCGCGCGAAGCCGGUAUUGUUAUACUCCCUUCUUAAGUUCACGCCACGGCUUAGACAUUUGCGACUGUAUAGUCUGGGGGAAUACGACCGCAGUAAAAACAUAACAAAGCACAUUCCCCGCUGGUUGUUCUGCGAUAUGCCCCAGCCAGAAGCUCUGCGCGACUUACGCCUUCAUAGCUGGGAAUGGAAUGGAGAAAUUAAUUUCCCAUCCAUCAAGUCUGUCCAUAGCCACCCGGCGUUUACGUCCCUUCGGAGCGUACGCUUUUACAAACUAGAGCAUUGUGACUGCGGAGCCUGCAGAGCCCCACGUGAACUAGAUUAUAAAAACCCUGCCGUUCAAGCGGAGGAGCUAGUCACCGCUCUCUCUCUCUUGCCUUACCUCGAAAGACUAGAAUUCAAGUCUUGUGACUUUGCGGCUGACUUGUUACCAUUUCUCUCAAUGGCUCUGACUUCACUAUCGGUCAUCGAUUGUGACAAUGUGGACUCGUUCAUCGUCGAAAAAUUCUUAUCAAAUCACGGGUACUAUCUACGUGAGCUGGUUUUGACUCAAAACUAUUGCCUCAAUAUGUCUUUUACCACUCGCUUGGCAGAGUUGUGCCCGUAUUUGCAGGUGUUCAUCAUGGAUUUCAACUUAUCGAGAGAAAGACGCUUAGCGGGUGAUGUUAAUCCUUUCGACAAUUUAUUAUUGGAUUAUGAUCCUCCAUCAUGGCCGCCAACUUUGCAGUAUUUGGAAUUGCAGCAUUUGUGCAGGUGGGAAAUACAGACCGCAGAAAUUCUUUUCAAUUCUCUUGUUGAAUCUGCUCAUCAGCUUCAAGACUUGAGGACCCUCAUAAUUACCGCAAUUAUAAAAAUCAGCUGGCGUGACCGGGCAAAGUUUCGCGAACAUUGGAUGGGGACUCUCGAACGGACUUUCUUAAGAAAGUCCCCUCCGCCGAGCACUCGGCCAACCAUCCUAAAGCCAACACGUACCUCUCAGGCUGGAAGCUCUUCUAGCGAUAGCAACGACACAAGAAAACAGUCUUUUGAAGCUAUUCCGCAAAGACGAAGCAGGCGCAUUGCCCAACGGAUCGCAUUAAUUGACGAUAUGCAAAGCGGAUCUGUCACAGUAGGAAAGGGAAAAGAACCGGCAAAUGGAGGUUUCGAGUCUUCAGCGAAGCAGACCCAGGGUGGCCCAGUGCACGGUAUGUGUGAUGUGGUCAAGGUCCGCAUUGACAAUCUGCGGCCUGUUUCAAUUCCUCAAGCAGCGGAAAAUCUUGCCGAUGAAGACAGCGGUGAUUCUGACUGGAAUGGCGUUGACCCAGAGUUUGACACCAGCUAUGCCUGGUAG